AUGCCUGAGUACUGCGACGGCACAGCCUUCGACACCCAGUGGCCAGACGUUUCAGCGUCCCAGCUGGUCGUCCGGUGCCUAGUUUUGGCCUAUUGGUGCCCGGCCUGCCACAGCAACCACGAGGGCAUUCUGGAGUGCGGAGACCCUGCAGGACCCUGGGUGCGCUUCGACGCCAUAUCGUCAUCGAUUCUGGAGGCCCGGCAGCGGGAAGUCGGCAACGACUUUCCCUGCAUUCCUGGCGCGAUUUUCUGCAGCCUGGACCUCCUGGCCAUGACGACGAAAGUGCUUGUGGACCGAAGGGAGGUGGAGCUUAGCUUGCAACGCCGCACUGCCGGUGCAGGCGCCCGGGAGCGCGCGGGCGACAACAGAUCUCGGAACCACCGGGCCUUUGUUUGGGAGUGGUGCGCCUCUGCCAGUGGCCAUGGGUCCUGGUGUGCGUACGAUGCUGAACGCUCGUCUUCACUUGAGAAGGCCUGGAACCAGCGCGCCCCGCGCGUGAGCUUCAGCAUGAACGGAGUGAAUUACAACGUCGACUACGAGCUCAUGGUGCAGGUGCUGACAAGCUGGAACGGGCCGGAUUUGAUUGCCAACCAUGCAGCUUUCAACAACAAAGCUCAGCACGCCAUGUGCACAGCCAUGGCGGUGCGAUGCGGCGCGCUGCUUUGGCCGCCAAAGGCACCCAGCCUCGCAGAGCUUUGCCCUGGGCGCUCGGAUGCGGCGGUGCCGCCUGCACUGGCGCUGGCCUUGCGGCGUGGCCUUCCGGACAUUCUGCUGUACAGAAGUUUCCUGCUCCUCGCGCGGGCGAAGGGGACUGUGGACAAGGAAGCCGAGCGGGCAUACACGCCGUUACUGGUGAAGCUCAGAAACAUGGGCUUUCUGGUUCACGACUCCCUCCUGCUGCCUGCAGAUGUGGCUGGCCAGCGCAGGCUCCUUCUGUUGGUGCAGCCACCGGAGCCUUUGAAGAUCGUCCAGCUCGCGAAAGUCCUUCGCAGCCUGGAUAGUCCGAGCCUCUCCGUGACGCUGCAGCCGCAAGUGCCAACGGCCCAGCUGAGCAUCAAAGACGAGGCUGCUCGCCGACUUUGCGUCGACCACUGGCACCAAGCCUGCCUCGACUGCUUGAGGUACUUUCCACGGUUCUUCCAGCCCCGCACUCGUAUGAUCGUGCUGCCGCCGUCAACAUCGCAGGAGGUGGACGACAUUUGCUGCCACCUCCUCCUGCACGGCUUCGGGGUGCUGUCAGUGGUCCAUCCAAGCUCGGAGAAGGCGCCGAAGGUCGAUGCGUGCAUCAUGGUGCGCGGGAUGGGCAUGCUGCCAGUCUGUGGUACUUUGCAGAGGUCGUACUGA